AAAGGGUCCAUCCCAAUGGAAGUCCUGACCACAUCAAGGAGAGAUUUUAGGCUUCACAAAGUGUUACCAGUGAAGAGCCACCAGCCCAACCAAUUCGUCCCAAAUGAAGAGAAUAUGGACCUGCUUACGACGUAUAAACAAGAUUACAACCCCUAUUUUGUCUGUCGAGUGGACCCCAUCAAACCACGGGACAGUAAACGUCCAUGUGGUGACAAGAUGGAGUGUCUGCCUACUUAUAAAGCUGAUUAUUUACCCUGGAACCAACCAAAACGAGAGCUACUUCGUCCGGAACACCACUACCGGCCAGCAUCAACCAAGUUUGAUAGUAGAACCACACACCAGGAUGAGUACUCCAUAAAGGGCCUAGUGAACACCGUGAGUUGUAAGCCUCCGGCCCUGCCCAAGCUCUGUAACAUCCCCCUGGAGGACGUGACCAACUACAAGCUGAGCUACGUGGCCCACCCUCUGGAGAAGCGCUUUGUGCAUGAGAUGGAGAAGUUCAGACCCUGUGAAAUCCCCUUUGACAGCCUCACCACCCACAAACAGUUCUACCGGGGUCUGAUGGGAGAACGAGCCAAGAGCUUGAAACCUCCAGCUGGGCCCCGUGGGCUGGACACACCUUUCUCUAACACCACUGAGUUUCGAGAUAAGUACCAAGCUUGGCCAACACCCCAGAUGUUCUCCAAAGCUCCUGUCCCCUAUCUCCCUCCUGAAGAAAAGAUGGACUUUCUGACAACAGUGCAGGCCGAUUACACAUACUCUAAGGGUGCCCCCGCUCAGUCCUGCCGACCUGUGCUCUGUGUCAAGAAGGGCGGGCACUUUGAAAGCUCCACCACCACCAAGGACGACUACAAGCAGUGGGCCAGCAGGCGCAUGGAGCCAGUCAAGCCCGUUCCCCAGCUGAACCUUCCCACCGAGCCCUUGGACUGUCUGACCACCACGCGGGCCCACUAUGUGCCCCACCCACCCAUCAGUACCAAAAGCUGUAAGCCCCCCAUGUCUGUGCCCCGAGGAAAUAUCCCGGUGGAAAGCCAGACCACGUAUGCUGUCAGCUUUACUCCCAAGGAGAUGGCUAGGUGCCUGGCUUCAUACCCUGAGCCCCCUGGCUACAUCUUUGAAGAAACAGAUGCUUCGGGGCACAGACUAUAUAAGCCGAUUUCCCAGACAGGCUCUCGGCAAAACAGCCCUCCCUCUGUAGGUGAUUCAGAAAACCCCAACCAGCAGCAAUUGGCAGUGUCAGCCUGA